AUAGGUCGUGGCAGGCGUUCUCCAGCCGGACGGUAAAAGAUGUAACCGCCGGCGGAGUGUUUGUGGCGCCGGACGCGCGGAGUUGGCGGUUCGGUGAAGCGGGAGGGGCGGAGGGGAGAGGCAAACCCAGUCAUUCUUUGCUCCACACUCCACCUCAGUAGGUGGCGGUACUGCACCGUUUGCCAACCGCCAUUAAACAUUACUGGAGGGAGAGCAACAACGAACCAAGUAACGGCAGGAGGAACGGGAGAGCGAUGUCGGAGAGGCCAGGCAGAGGGCUGGAGCCACCGGCAGCUUUCGGGGGCAAAAUCGGGCCAGAGGACCUGAUUCCCCCAUCACACUUCAGCAGUCGAACCCGUGCCCCACCGCCACUGGACUCAAACCCCUGGGCUGCCCUGUCCAAGGCUACCAAAGACAUCCUGGAACUGAGGCAAGAGAAUGAACGUCUGAGGAGGAGGCAGGGAUCACCAAACAGGUGCUGCUGCGAAUUUGAAAAGGAAAGGUCAUCAGAACAGGAGAGAUCACUGCCGAGCCAUGAGCUGGCCAGACGGGUGGAGGAGAGUUGGGAGGCACCCUGCCUGGAGGCGGGGCUGCUGAGGGACAGGGUGGCGCGGCAGGCGGCCGCCGUUGCCGAGAAGGACCGUCUGCUCGCCUGUCUGGGUGAGCAGCUGGGAGAGCUGAGGGCCGAGCUGCAGAGGCUGGGGGCAGCCCCGCCACAGCAUCGCCACUGGGACGAGACGGAGGACCAGCGGCGAGAGUUGCAUGCGGUGAGGGAAGGAGACCGCUCCCCCCAGGAGCCCGGGAAGCAGCAGGGAGAGCCAAAGGAGCUGAGAAGGAGGGAACAGCAAGAUGGCUCAGCCUGGCUGAGAGAAGAGACAAGCAGGGAGAACCACUUGCAGCUGUCACUUGUGCCUAAGUCUCUGGACGGCGACCUGGAGACUCUGCGGCAAAGGGUGGCCGAGUUGGAGGAAGAGCUGCAGCAGACUCAAGAGAAAAGCCGGGGCGAGACGGCACACUUGAGGGCAACUCUUGAGACCACAGCUCAGGAGCGGGAUGCCCUGCAGGAAGAACUGAGUAAAGCCAGAGGGACGCUGGAAUCCCAAGGCUCCUUGAUCCGACAACUCCGCACCUACAUCGGACAACUGGUGCCGGAUGAGAAGCAGCUGGAAGAAGCCCGGCAGGAGAAGGAGCAGCUGAGCAGCAGGGUGCAGCACCUGGAGAAGGAGAAGGAGACACUAAGAGCCACAUCAGAGCUUCUCAACGUGCGCCUGACAUCUCUGAUGGACAUUCUCACCAUCCAGGAGAGUGACCGCAGUGGGAAGCCUACACUGGAUGUCCAGAGCGGGGACAAUAGGAGGAAAGCAUCAGUGGUGACGCGUUGGAGAGAGAAGGUGUUUGCUCUGAUGGUGCAGCUGAAGUCGCAGGAGAUCAGUCACACCAACGAUAUCAAUCAUCUCCAGGUCAAGGUUGCACACCUGGAGGAGGAGCUUGCCACGAAAGGUCAAGAACAUGCCGUGCUGGUCCACAGCUUACAGGACAGGACUGCAGAGGUGGGCAUGGAGCGAGUGAAAAACCAGUCCCUCAGAGAUGAGCUGGCUGAUGCUCAGAAUAGUGUGGUUCGGUUUCAGGAGAUGGCAAACCGAGCUGACGAUGCCCUACACCACAUCCAAGAGCAAAUGAGCAGUUUCUACCAGAGGUUCCUGGAGCAGGAGGCGGAGCUGAAGACAGCCUUGUGUCAGCUGGUGAACCUGAGCCAGAGGGUGACCUUCGCCAACAAGCGGAUUGACACCAUUCACGGGUUGUGCGCCCGGAAGGAGGCACUCGCUCGACUUCAGCUACAGGAGAGAGACAGGGAGACAGGCAGAGAUGUGGGCAGACGCCCCUAUGAGGAUCUGGAGAAGGAGCUGGAAAUGCUGAACGGGGAGCGGGACCAGCUGGCAGCUGAACUGAGGCGGAACUCGCAGCUGAUUGAGAGGAAGGUUACAGAGGCGCGGCUGAAGUUUGAGGUGGACUUGAAGGAGCACCUGGCGGCGAAGGGGCAGCUGGAGGAAGCCUUGGCGCAGGAGACCCGACAGCAGCAGAGGCUGACCGAGCAGCUGAGCGAGGCCCAGCAGGAGCUGAAGGAGGCCUGGGAGGCCGCGGAGGAUCUAAAGGCAGACCUGUGCCGGCAGCAGGCGCACUACGAAGAAGCCCUGCGUGAGAAGAUGGCGGAGGUGGAGAGGCGUGCAGCCGAGCAGCUGUCCGAAAUGGAGAAGCGACUCAACGAGGCGCGCAGGGAGCAUACCAAGGCAGUGGUGGCCCUGCGCCAAACGGACCGCCAGGCGGCGCGAGACAAGGAGCGGCUGGAGACCUGCGCGAAGCUACAGGAAGAGCAACUCCAGCGGGAGGCCCAGAAGCUGAGUGAGCAGCUGAGGGAGCUGCAACGGGACAAGAACCUCCUGGUGGCGACACUGAGACAGGAAGGGCUACUCAGUCAGUUCAGGAAGAGCCGAGCUGUGGCUGUCCACAUGUCUACUGCCCUCUCUGACCAGUCGAAGCCAACCAGGGCCCCAGCCCAGUCGCCAGCCUCGAGGCCUAGAGGCACUGACCCCUCGAAAGGUACGUGUGAGCAGUUGCAGUUUCCCGUCGUGAUGACUGAAGCAGAAGGGCGCUGGAACCAGUCACUUUGCGAAGGAAGAUUCCCUUGCAGAGGUUCUCAAGGAACUGCAAGUAUUGAGCGCAGCAGUGACUAUGGAUGAAGAGGAGAGAGAGAUAACAGAGGAGGAGGAGGAAGAAACUCAGUAGGAAGGAAGGAAGUUUCAAGCCAACUUUUCCUUGAAGAUUGCCAGCUGAUUAAUGCUCCUGGGUGAUCACAGGCUUCCGCAGAUAAGAUCAGUUGGUGAUGCAUGUGGGAGAAUACGAGCUGCAGCUCAUUUCUGCUUCCGCAGCUCUCUGAAGUAGAUCUUCAUCACACUAGUUUGGUGCACAGUCAGAUGCUCUGCAGCUCAUGGUGCGUGCCUCUCCACAUAAACGCUGAGAGGUUUCAUUCCUAGUCCAGUGAAUCUGAAGCUGCAAAAUCCAAAACGGUAAACCAAGUUCCCAUCUGCUUAAACGAAAAGGUUACGCACUGGGAUACAUGCCUUUCCUGACACAGCAGAGGGGAGCGAUCACAAGCCAAGUUGUAACCCCCUUAUCAACCACGGACGUAAUGUUGUGGAAGUUUAAACUCUCUGACAGCUGGUUUUGUUAUACCCCAUAUAAUGGUUUAAUCACAAGGUUUCACUAACCAGCUUUCUGCUUUUGUACUAUAUCUGACAGGUUGGCCCUAAUUCCUAAUGUUUUCAUCAAAAACUGAAGUUUAUAUUUAUAUU